GUUACAUUCUUUUUUUAUUUUGGCCAACAAGUCGCUCUCACGGUGGGAAAACGUGGGGGCCAAACUCCAGUCCACGACCGCCACCAUUAGACUUGAGGGGAAGCUCUUCUGCAUUUUUCUGUAAUAAUGGCAGAGAUAGAAAGCUUCGUUUAUUGAGAUAGCGAUUACGGAGUAACAAAUAUACCUUAUUGACGGCGGAUCAGUUAAACGAGCAAAGAGGCUUCCUUUUUCUGGUUUUCUUUCACUCCCACUUUCUUACUUAAGUUCGCUUUGUUUCAUGGGCUUUGGAAGAUGACAUCAUAUGCUGCACCAAUUACUGGAAAUUAGUGUUGAUAAAGAAUGAAAGGAUCUUCUUCAGAAAUGGGAAUGAUACUGUUCUAUGCAGUACUACUCUUGGCAUGCUUUUGCUCUUUGGUUUCACCUGAUGCUCAAGGAGAUGCACUAUAUGCGUUGAAAGGGUCACUCAAUGCAUCUAGUAGUGUGCUUCAAGAUUGGAAUCCGAAUCAAGUUAAUCCAUGCACAUGGUCCAAAAUCACAUGUGAUGAUAGUUCCAAUGUCAUGAUGGUGUCGUUGUCCAAUAUGGGAUUUUCUGGCAUUUUAUCUUCAAAAAUUGGAGCUUUGAAGAAGCUCAACACACUAUCAUUGCAAGGAAAUCGCAUAACUGGUAAGAUUCCUGAAGAAAUAGGAAACUUAACAAGCUUAACAAUGUUGGACCUAGAAAACAACCAACUUUCUGGAGAAAUACCAGCUUCCCUUGGCAACCUCAAGAACCUCCAGUCCUUGUUCUUGAGUCAAAACAAUCUCACCGGGACAAUUCCUCAAUCACUUUCAAGCCUUUCUAGAUUAGUUACCUUGCAGCUUGAUUCAAAUGGUCUUACAGGCGAAAUACCUGAAAGUUUAUUUGAAGUCUCCAAAUACAACUUUACCGGUAACCAUUUGAAUUGCGGCUUCAAUAUCAGCCAUAAUUGUGAAUCUGGUAGAGUUCCUUCAAGUAAAUCGAAGACAGGAAUGGUUGUUGGUAUUGUAGUUGGAUUUCUGACUAUCGUUCUUCUGGGAGGUUUACUCCUUUUCUUCUUGAGGGGCCGACAUAGAGGCUACAUGCGUGAGGUCUUUGUAGAUGUUGCAGGAGAAGUCGACCGAAGGAUAGAAUUUGGCCAGUUAAAAAGAUUUCUAUGGACAGAAUUGCAAAUCGCUACAGACAACUUUAAUGAAAAGAAUGUCCUUGGACAGGGAGGUUUUGGGAAAGUUUACAAAGGCGUGCUUCCUGAUAACACAAAGAUUGCUGUUAAACGGUUAACUGACUAUGAGAGUCCAGGUGGAGAUGCUGCAUUCCACCGUGAAGUGGAGAUGAUAAGUGUGGCUGUUCACCGUAAUCUCCUAAGGCUCAUUGGCUUUUGCACCACACCAACAGAACGCCUUCUGGUGUACCCCUUUAUGCAGAACUUAAGUGUUGCCUAUCGUUUACGAGAACGUAAACCGGGGGAUGCUGUUCUAGAAUGGCCUACAAGGAAGCGAGUAGCAUUGGGCACUGCACGUGGGCUUGAGUAUCUACAUGAACACUGUAACCCAAAAAUCAUCCACCGUGAUGUCAAGGCUGCAAAUGUAUUAUUGGAUGAAUAUUACGAAGCUGUUGUUGGUGAUUUUGGGUUGGCGAAGUUGGUUGAUGUUAGAAGGACAAAUGUGACCACUCAAGUACGCGGAACAAUGGGACACAUAGCUCCUGAAUAUUUGUCCACUGGAAAGUCAUCAGAAAAAACUGAUGUUUUUGGCUAUGGAAUCAUGCUUCUAGAGCUUGUGACAGGUCAACGCGCGAUAGACUUCUCCCGCCUUGAAGAAGAAGAUGAUGUGUUAUUGCUUGAUCACGUGAAGAAACUGCAAAGGGAGAAGAGGUUACAUGCUAUUGUCGACGGCAACCUGAACAGGAACUACAACAUAGAAGAAGUAGAGAUGAUGAUUCAGGUUGCGCUACUGUGCACACAAGCAUCGCCGGAAGAACGUCCGGCAAUGUCAGUGGUAGUGAGAAUGUUGGAAGGGGAGGGGUUGGCUGAGAGGUGGGAGGAGUGGCAACAUGUUGAAGUAACCCGUAGGCAAGAGUAUGAGCGGCUGCAGAGACGAUUCGACUGGGGGGAAGAUUCGAUCUAUAAUCAGGAUGCUAUUGAGUUGUCUGGUGGAAGAUGACUAAAUAUGUGGAUUAUGAUCUCUCUCACAAGUGUUUCACUCAGCUGUGUAGCUUCUCUCCUUUUUUUCUUUUUCUUUUUGGCAGCAAGGAAUUCUUGGUCAUCAACAUGUAUAUCAGAUCGUAUUGCCGUACCUGUAAUUCAUUAUUCUUGUUUGUAACUUAUUAACACUGUUAUUCGCAAAUUAGAUUAUACCACUGGGUGUACCAUGUGCAUGGUACAUCCGGUAUUUUUGUAAUUACUUGCAAAUUAAGGAUCUUAAUCACUUUAGUUGCUUCCUCUUUUUUCUUUUAAACUUUACGUGACUUGCUUCA